CUAAGGCUGACGGGUAUUUUCCAAGAUGGCCGUCUUUUGACGCUUCGGAACAGUUUUUGCGCAAAUUUGUUGCUUUUUCUCCGUUCCGAAGGACCUUUUCGUCAAUAUAGUACCUUCAGCUUGUCGGUAUAAGCAUAGUGGAGAAUUUUGUAGCUUAUUUUUCAACUUGCCUUCGCCAAACGGACUGUUUUCCGCUCACAACCGUAGGUUUAGCAGUUUCACAAAAUCCGACGAGACCACGAAGAAGUUCACUUCUCUUUCUUUCGACAACUUAGAAGAGCCUCGUCUGUGAAUUAUGGGGAAGGAGAAGGCGGGUUUCCUGUCUCCAAAGUCCAUCAGCAACAGGAUCAAGGCCAAGGGCCUGCAGAAGCUCCGCUGGUACUGUCAGAUGUGUCAGAAACAGUGCAGGGACGAGAAUGGUUUCAAGUGCCACACCACGUCAGAGAGCCACCAGAGACAGCUGCUGCUCUUUGCUGAGAGCCCAGACAAGUUCUUGGACUAUUUCUCACAAGAGUUCCUGAAUGGAUAUCUGGAGCUUCUUAGAAGGCGAUUUGGUGACAAGAGAGUCCACUGUAACAUCGUGUACAAUGAGUACAUCCAGGACCGGGACCACACCCACAUGAACUCCACACAGUGGUUAACUCUCACAGACUUUGUCAAGUGGAUGGGGAGGGAAGGUUAUUGUAAGGUAGACCACACUGAGAAAGGCUGGUACAUCCAGUACAUCAACCGGGACCCUGAGACCAUCGCCAGGCAACAGGAGCUGGAGAAGAAGAAGAAGAUGGACAUGGAUGAUGAGGAACGGCAGGCCAAAUACAUCCAGGAACAGGUAGUGCGAGGAAUGCAGGGAGGAAGCGAGCAGGUAUCCCAUGAGGCCACAGAGCUGCAGCGACAGAGCGAGGAGGAGAAGAUCGUGUUGAAGAUGGGUCUGAGCGGGAAGAAACCCGCCAAACCCGCCAGCUCGUCAGGACCUUCCGCCGAAUCUAAACCAUCCUCAUCUAAAGCAGCUGAUAACCCACUGCAGGCCUUAUCUGCCGGUGCCAGAAAGAAGGAUGUUCAGGCAGUCAUGUCCAAGAAGGACGGAGCCAAGAAGCGGUCAGCACUUGACGAGAUCAUGGAGGAGGAAGAAAAGAAGAAGGCCAAGUUCACCAGGAAGGACCACUGGCUGACCCCCGGCAUCAUUGUCAAGGUCGUCACCAAGAAGCUGGGAGACAAGUACUACAAGAAGAAAGCAGAGGUGAUAGCCGUGAAAGACCUUUAUACAGCUGUACUGAUGCUGGUGGACUCAGGUGACAAGUUGAAGGUCGACCAGACCCACCUGGAGACGGUCAUCCCAGCCGUGGGACGGGCGGUCAAGGUGGUGAACGGCACACACACCGGCUGCAGGGCGGUGUUAGAGGGACUGGACGAGAAGAACUUCUGUGUGACCAUCAGGAUAGACUCGGGUGUGUCUAAGGGCAGGGUGGUGGAAGGUGUGAAGUAUGAAGACAUCUGCAAGAUCGCCAGUUAACCAGUCUGCAGGCCAUCAACAGGACAGGGUGGUCUGCACAGGGGGAGGGGGGCGAGCUGUACAACAUGGAGGACCUAAUGUCUGCGCUCUUGUAUAUAACAACCGUUUUGUGUCAAUCCAUUACUCAAAGCAAUUGUACAUGAUGAUAAAGUAUCUUCCUCAUUUAAUUCCCUGGGUCGGACUGAUAUUGCUUUGUAUAUGAUUAGUAUUCAUGCUAGUCCACAUUUACGGUAACAAUUUUUAUCUGUUUAGUAUCCUUUGCUUUUUCGGUUGCUACAGUUAUUACUGGCUGUGUGUUC